AUGAAUCUCAGAACAGAUCAGUGGGCUUAUCGCCUUGUUCUUCUUAUCCAGAUCUUCGUACCGAUCGUUUAUAUUAUCGGAUCGUUCUUCGUGCCAGAGAGCCCCCGCUGGCUUAUUGGAAACGGACGAUACGCAGAUGCGGAGAAAGAGCUCAAAGUCCUCCGCAAAGACACUUCGACUCUGGGUCCUGGAUGGAAUGUUUUAGGUUCGCCUUCAUUUUGGUAUAACCCCGAUGAGGAUGAUACCGAGAAUCAAUUAGGGGCCCCAACCUGCGGCGAACCUUGA